UGCGGCGGCGCGGCCGGGUAGGGUGUGAGAAGUUAGUGGCGCUGCUGCGGUGCCGUGAGGGACGGAGACGGCUGGGCUGUGCGAGCGGCGGCGGCCCCGGAUCAGCGCGAUGCUCACGGACGGCACCGCCGCCCCCCUCGGUGACGAGGAGAUCGACUCGGUCGCUCCCCGCGCUCCGCCCGCCGCCGAGCCGCCCGUCGCGGCCGGGCCCUCCCCGCUGGGGCUGCGGGCCGUGCGCCUCUUCGGGGAGGCCGGGCCCGGCGGUCCCGGAGGCCCCGGCGCGCCCGCGGCCGGCGAGGCCGCCCUCGACUUCAAGCUGGCGGCCGCCGUGUUGCGGAGCGGGGGCGGCGGCUCCGGCAGCGACGAGGACGAGGUGUCCGAGGUUGAAUCAUUUAUUUUGGACCAAGAAGAUCUCGAUAACCCUGUACUUAAAACCACAUCAGAGUUGUUCUUAUCGAGCGCUGCAGAAGGUGCGGACUUGAGAGCUGUGGAUCCAGAAACACAAGCAAGACUAGAAGCCUUACUGGAGGCAGCAGGAAUUGGUAAAUUGUCCACUGCCGAUGGUAAAGCAUUCGCAGAUCCUGAGGUGCUUCGCAGACUGACUUCUUCGGUCAGUUGCGCGUUGGAUGAAGCUGCUGCUGCACUGACACGGAUGAGGGCAGAGAACAGUCACAAUGCAGGGCAAGUGGACAAUCGCAGUUUGGCAGAAGCAUGCUCAGAUGGGGAUGUAAAUGCUGUCCGGAAGCUGCUGGAUGAAGGAAGAAGUGUAAAUGAACAUACUGAAGAAGGGGAGAGUCUCCUUUGCUUGGCCUGUUCAGCUGGAUAUUACGAAUUGGCACAAGUGCUACUAGCAAUGCAUGCAAAUGUUGAAGAUCGAGGGAAUAAAGGAGACAUAACUCCCUUAAUGGCAGCUGCCAGCGGGGGCUAUGUAGAUAUUGUUAAACUUCUCCUCGUUCAUUGUGCAGAUGUCAAUGCUCAGUCUUCAACAGGGAACACAGCGCUCACUUAUGCUUGUGCUGGGGGCUUUGUUGACAUAGUGAAGGUGCUAUUGAAAGCAGGUGCUAAUAUAGAAGACCAUAAUGAGAAUGGGCAUACCCCCUUAAUGGAAGCAGCCAGUGCAGGUCAUGUUGAGGUUGCAAGAGUAUUGCUGGAAUAUGGUGCAGGAAUCAAUACUCACUCCAACGAGUUCAAAGAAAGUGCACUUACACUUGCAUGCUACAAAGGCCAUUUAGAUAUGGUUCGUUUUUUGCUUGAAGCUGGAGCUGAUCAAGAACAUAAAACAGAUGAGAUGCACACAGCGCUAAUGGAGGCCUGCAUGGAUGGACAUGUGGAAGUAGCACGCUUACUUUUAGACAGUGGUGCUCAAGUGAAUAUGCCUGCAGAUUCAUUUGAAUCUCCCCUCACUCUGGCUGCUUGUGGUGGACAUGUGGAGUUAGCAGCUCUCCUGAUAGAAAGGGGAGCUAACCUGGAGGAAGUCAAUGAUGAAGGCUAUACUCCUUUAAUGGAAGCUGCACGUGAAGGCCAUGAGGAAAUGGUGGCAUUAUUACUGGCACAAGGGGCAAAUAUAAAUGCGCAGACUGAAGAAACGCAGGAGACAGCUCUUACUCUGGCAUGCUGUGGUGGGUUUUCUGAAGUAGCUGACUUCCUCAUUAAGGCAGGAGCUGAUAUAGAACUUGGUUGUUCAACACCUUUGAUGGAAGCUGCUCAAGAGGGUCAUCUUGAACUGGUGAAAUACUUGCUGGCAGCAGGAGCUAACGUUCAUGCCACCACAGCAACGGGAGAUACAGCAUUGACAUAUGCGUGUGAAAAUGGCCAUACCGAUGUUGCGGAUGUGUUGCUUCAAGCUGGUGCUGAUUUGGAACAUGAAUCUGAAGGGGGGAGAACCCCACUAAUGAAGGCUGCACGAGCUGGUCAUUUAUGCACUGUGCAAUUCCUUAUUAGCAAAGGUGCCAAUGUCAAUAGGGCUACAGCUAAUAAUGACCACACUGUGGUGUCUCUGGCAUGUGCAGGAGGCCACUUGGCAGUUGUUGAGCUCCUUCUAGCUCAUGGUGCAGAUCCUACUCAUCGACUUAAGGAUGGCUCAACAAUGCUCAUUGAAGCUGCCAAAGGAGGACAUACAAAUGUUGUUUCUUACUUGCUGGAUUACCCAAACAAUGUUUUGCCAGUUCCUGCAGCGGACUUGUCUCAGCUCACACCUCCAUCUCAGGAUCAGUCUCAGGUUCCACGUGUUCCGGUGCAUACGCUUGCUAUGGUUGUACCUCCCCAGGAACCCGACAGAACCCCUCAAGAGAACUCUCCACCUCUUGUGGGAGUGGUGAAAGGUGCAUCCAAGCAGAAGUCAAGUUCCCUGCAGGUAGCAGAUAAGGACCUACUGCCACCUUUUCACCCAUACCAGCCUUUGGAAUGCAUAGUAGAAGAGACUGAAGGCAAGCUGAAUGAACUUGGACAGAGAAUUAGUGCUAUUGAAAAAGCACAACUUAAGUCAUUGGAAUUAAUUCAAGGUGAACCUUUAAAUAAAGAUAAGAUUGAAGAACUUAAAAAGAACAGAGAAGAACAAGUACAGAAGAAGAAGAAAAUAUUGAAGGAACUACAGAAGGUGGAAAGGCAGUUGCAGAUGAAAACACAACAGCAGUUUACCAAAGAAUAUUUGGAGACCAAAGGUCAGACAGACACACCACUUCCCCUCCAGCAGCAGUGCCCACUUACGGGGGUCUUCCCAGAAGUGGAAGCUGAUAAGGGUCUGCCAGAGGAUAACUUUUCAGAGUUACCUCAGGUUGACACAGUCUUGUCAAAAGAUGAUGAGCAACAACAGUCUCCACCACCUGCUGAACAAAUAGAAUUUGUCCCUAUCCAGCCUUUGCCAGCACCGCAAUGUAAUUUUUCUGGUAAUUUAGGUUAUAACGGGACAGAGUCUCUUGAACUUCAGAAAGCAAUAGGUAAUCAGCAGAAUGUAGGACAGCAGCAGCAAAUUGCUGGGCAGGGACUGUUAGUUCAAGAACCAGACGGAUUAAUGGUUGCCACUCCAGCACAGACGCUUACCGACACUCUUGAUGACCUAAUAGCAGCUGUGAAUAGCAGAGUGCCCAGUGGCUCCGCCGGCUCCUUGCACACUACAGAAUCCCCUGCGCCUGAGCCCUGCUCACAGGCGUCAAGCAACGUGGCGCCACAGUCAGUGCUCCCUGUGUAUCCUUCAGUUGACAUUGAUGCACAUACUGAAAGCAAUCACGACACUGCUCUGACCCUUGCAUGUGCAGGAGGUCAUGAAGAACUUGUUUCUGUACUAAUUGCACGUGGUGCCAAUAUUGAACACAGAGAUAAGAAGGGUUUUACGCCUUUGAUUCUUGCUGCAACUGCUGGACACGUUGGUGUAGUGGAAAUUCUUUUAGACAAAGGUGGGGAUAUAGAAGCACAAUCUGAGCGCACAAAGGAUACUCCGCUUUCAUUGGCAUGCUCUGGUGGACGCCAAGAGGUUGUUGAUUUGCUGUUGGCGCGGGGAGCAAACAAAGAGCAUAGGAAUGUUUCAGAUUAUACACCUUUAAGCCUUGCUGCUUCUGGUGGCUAUGUGAACAUUAUCAAGAUUCUUCUCAAUGCUGGGGCAGAAAUUAAUUCAAGGACUGGGAGUAAGCUGGGUAUUUCUCCUCUGAUGCUGGCUGCUAUGAAUGGCCAUGUACCUGCUGUGAAGCUGCUGCUCGAUAUGGGUUCUGAUAUUAAUGCCCAGAUUGAGACCAAUCGGAACACAGCCCUCACCCUGGCCUGCUUCCAAGGCCGAGCAGAGGUGGUCAGUCUGCUGUUGGACAGGAAGGCAAAUGUUGAGCACAGGGCAAAAACUGGUCUCACGCCGCUGAUGGAAGCUGCUUCAGGAGGAUAUGCAGAGGUUGGAAGAGUUCUCCUUGAUAAAGGAGCAGAUGUUAAUGCUCCACCUGUGCCUUCCUCAAGAGAUACUGCUUUAACAAUUGCAGCAGAUAAGGGUCACUACAAGUUCUGUGAGCUGCUGAUUAAUCGAGGAGCGCAUAUUGAUGUUCGUAACAAGAAAGGAAAUACCCCUCUUUGGUUGGCAGCUAAUGGUGGUCACUAUGAUGUAGUUCAGUUGCUUGUGCAGGCAGGAGCAGACGUGGAUGCAGCAGAUAAUCGAAAAAUAACACCUCUUAUGUCAGCAUUUCGCAAGGGCCAUGUGAAGGUAGUUCAGUUCCUAGUGAAAGAAGUUAACCAGUUUCCAUCGGACAUUGAAUGCAUGCGAUAUAUAGCAACUAUAACGGACAAGGACCUGUUGAAAAAGUGUCACCAGUGUGUGGAAACAAUUGUGAAAGCUAAAGACCAGCAGGCUGCAGAGGCAAAUAAGAAUGCAACUAUAUUGCUGAAGGAGCUAGACCUGGAAAAAUCAAGAGAGGAAAGCAGAAAACAAGCCCUUGCAGCUAAGAGGGAGAAGAGAAAGGAAAAGAGAAAGAAGAAGAAAGAGGAACAAAAAAGGAAACAAGAAGAAGAUGAAGAAAAUAAGCCUAAAGAAACUCUAGAAUUACAUGAAGAUGAUGACGAAGAAGAAAAUGAUGAUGAAGUAGAGCAAGAAGUUCCUAUAGAGCCUCCUAGUGCAACUACUACAACUACAAUUGGGAUUUCUGCAACUUCAGCUACUUUCACCAAUGCCUUUGGGAAGAAGAGAGCUAAUGUGGUGACUACUCCCAGCACAAAUAGAAAAAAUAAGAAAAAUAAAACAAAAGAGACUCCUCAGAAUAUGCAGAUAAUUUUACCAGAUCAGCAUAUAUCUCUAGCACAGCAAAAAGCAGAUAAGAAUAAAAUAAAUGGAGAGCCAAGAGGUGGUGGUGCAAGUGGAAAUAGUGAUUCAGAUAAUUUGGACAGCACAGACUGCAAUAGUGAAAGUAGCAGUGGAGGUAAAAGCCAGGAGCUGAACUUCACGAUGGAUACAAAUUCCUCUGAGCGGCGCUAUGCCUCAUUGCUUAUCCCUUCUCAGGAAGAAAAAACGAACACUUCAGCUUCAAAAACACCAACAAGGAGGGAAGAAGCUGAUGACUCUGAGCAUUUCCCCUGCCAGGUUGAUGGCCAAUUUGAUUUAACCUUGUCAAGCCAGAGACUUGAUGGUGAAGGUAAUUCAAAUUCGUUGUCAACUGCUUACAAGUCUGUUUCCCUGCCUCUGACCUCUCCAAAUGUAAAGCUGAAUCUGACCAGCCCAAAAAGAGGCCAGAAAAGAGAAGAAGGCUGGAAAGAAGUGGUUAGAAGGUCAAAGAAAUUAUCUGUCCCAGCUUCUGUUGUGUCUAGAAUAAUGGGAAGAGGUGGGUGCAACAUCACAGCAAUUCAAGAUGUCACCGGUGCCCAUAUUGACGUUGAUAAACAAAAAGAUAAGAAUGGAGAAAGAAUGAUCACUAUAAGGGGUGGUAUGGAGUCAACACGAUACGCAGUGCAACUCAUCAAUGCCCUUAUUCAAGAUCCUGCCAAGGAACUGGAAGACUUGAUUCCUAAAACUCAUAUAAGAACACCUGCUUCGAGUAACAAAUCAAUCCAUGCAAACUUCUCGUCUGGAGUUAGUACUGCAUCUGCUUCAAACAAAAACUCCUUUCCUCUUGGAGCACCACCUCUCGUCACAUCGCAGUCAUCGACUCUAUCUACUUUCCAGCCUACUAACAAAUUAAACAAGAAUGUCCCAGCAAAUGUGCGCUCAUCUUUUCCAGUGUCUCUUCCUCUAGCUUAUUCUCAUCCUCAUUUUGCCUUGCUGGCAGCCCAAACUAUGCAACAGAUCCGGCACCCUCGCUUACCUAUGGCCCAAUUUGGAGGAACCUUUUCACCUUCACCAAACACUUGGGGACCAUUCCCAGUGAGACCAGUUAACCCUGGCAGCACAAACAGCUCUCCAAAGCAUAAUAGUUCAAGUCGUGUAGGUAGUCAGAAUGGAAAUAUUUUGCAGGCAGAGUCUCCCGGAUUAGCUACUUCUAGUCCCAUUACUGUCUCUUCAGUAGUUGCUUCCACCCAGCCGCUAUGUGCAACAAGUAAUCGGACUCCCUCUUCAGUUAGAAAGCAGUUGUUUGCCUGUGUUCCGAAGACUAGUGCUGCAGCAACAGCAAUCUCAACUGUGACAAACACGUGUAGCACUCUGCCUUCAGCUUCCUCUGCGCCCCCAAACAAUGGGCAAGUUCCUGCAGCAUUUCUGCCCUCUACUGCUCCACAAACACAGCAUUCUGCACUUAAAGCAGACUCUUUCUCAGCUGCCUCAGCACCCAAGGAGAAAGUGUCGACACCAGACCAGCCUGUUGGAAAUACAUGCACACCAUCUUCCGCUGCAGGUAGUUCCAGUAUGUCAGCUAGCAGCAAUUCAGGAGUCACUGAAGCUCACCCAUCUAGCAGCCCUGCACCUCUAACAAACACCCAAGAUGAAAUACUACCAGCCAGCAUGUCUGAAAUGAGCCCUUCUAUGUCAAUGCCUGUUUCUUCCAGCUCAGAACCUACUCCUUUACGCUUAGCAUCACCCAGGUCGGUUGUUGCAGAUAAUCAGGACAACAGUAACUUACCUCAAGUAGCUGUACCAGCACCUCGAGUUACUCACAGGAUGCAGUCCAGAGGUUCUUUCUAUUCAGUGGUACCAAAUGCAAACCUACAUCAAGAUCCUCAGUCUAUUUUUGUUACAAAUCAAGUUCCUUUAACGCCUUCUCAAGGUCCACCUGCUGCGGUGCAGCUUUCAUCAGCCAUGAACGUCAUGAAUGGUUCUCAGAUGCACAUUAACCCAGCAAAUAAAUCAUUGCCUCCUACCUUUGGGCCAGCAACUCUCUUCAAUCACUUCAGUAGUCUUUUUGAUAGCAACCAGGUGCCCUCUAACCAAGGGUGGGGAGACUGUCCGCUUUCCACCCGAGCAGCAGCUGACCCAUCUUUUGCUGUUCAGUCUACCUUUCUGAAUAACUCUGUGCUAGGACAUGUGGAGAACGCGCAUCCUGAUAACUCCAAGGCUCCUGGUUUCAGGCCACCUUCGCAGCGGGUUUCUACUAGUCCUGUAGGCUUACCCUCUCUAGAUCCAUCCAACAGCUCUACAACUUCUUCUUCAGGUCCUUUGACAGGCUUUUCAGCAAACAUGCAAGGAGCACGGGUUUACCUUCAAGGGCCAGCGCCUGUUGGGACUCCCAGCUUUAACAGACAGCAUUUUUCACCACAUCCUUGGACAAGCGCAACAAAUUCAUCAGGUGAAUCUCCUAUUCCAUCAGUUUCCUCAGGAUCAUCUUCACCCCUUUCAGCUGCUUCUGCACCUUCUAACUUGAGCCAGCCAAAAACGGGUAACACGAAUCAAGAUCGAAAGGUACCCCCCCCUAUUGGGACAGAAAGACUUGCUAGAAUUCGACAGGGAGGAUCUGUCACUCCUACGCCCUUAGGAACCAACUUUACAGCUCCAGUUGGUCAUAGUGGUAUUUGGUCAUUUGGAGUUAACAGCGUAUCUGAAGGCUUGUCAGGUUGGUCUCAGCCUGUAAUGGGAAACCAUCCAAUGCAUCAGCAGGUGUCAGACCCAGGCACGUUUUCUCAGCAUCAGCCAAUGGAGAGAGAUGAUUCUGGAAUAGUGGCUCCCUCAAACAUUUUCCAUCAACCUAUGCCAAACAGUUUUGUGGAUUUUUCUAAAGGCCUACCGAUUUCCAUGUAUGGUGGCACUCUCAUCCCCUCACACCCUCAGCUAGCGGAUGGCCCAGGAGGCCCUCUCUUUAAUGGGCUUCAUACUCCAGAUCCAGCCUGGAAUCCCAUGAUCAAAGUUGUCCAAAAUUCAACAGAAUGUACUGAUGCUCAGCAGAUUUGGCCUGGCACCUGGGCACCUCACAUUGGAAACAUGCAUCUCAAGUACGUCAACUGAUUUAAGGGGGUCUAUCCUUUUUUAGCCUUGUUUGGGAAACCUUAUGAUUUGAAGAACCCUGGGGAUUUUUUUUUUAAUGUGCCUAACUAAGCAAUUUUUUGUGGGCUAUGAAACAGUGAAAACUUGAUUGCCCAUUGCAUAAGAACAAAUUGAUUUACUUAUACAAUUGAUUCUGUUCUCCAGUUAGUUUAGCCAUUCUGAACUUAAAAAUCAGAUAAAAUUGAUGCUUUUGGCUAAACUACUAAAUGCUAUUGGUAUGCAGGAGAGAACUAGAUAAUUACAUGAUUACAGCCUGCUAGGGUGGUAAAUACGUGUAUAAUUGUUUACAUACUUAAAAGGAAAAUCUGAGUAAAUUUCAUGUUUUAUAUUGGCUCUACUUUCUGUAGCCUGUAUUAAUGUGAAAUAUUUACCUGAAUAUUCAAUAAAAGCUGAACAGUAUUUAUAGGUUGUGUGUGAGAAUUUCGGAGAGGAUGUAUGUUGUCAUUGGUAGCUGCCAUGCUCAGCAAUGCAUCUUUUCAGAGUCACAUCAUUAGCAUGUAUUUGUAGUCAGGGUUUGGGGAAAGAGGGGAAGGGUUUUGAUAUGCAGUUGUUUGCGAUGCAGAGUUUGCUGGGUCCUUCCCCUGCCAGUUGUGGUGAUUUAGGGUAUGGUACUUUUCUUUCUCUUUUUUUUCUUCUUUGUGAACAUGGUCAUGCGCUUUUCUGGGUUAGUUUUAUUUCUUUCUAGUGCUCUUUUUCCAGGUGUGUUGCCCGAGGUGUUGUUCAGGGACUGACUUGAUACCUUGGCAACCAACGUAUAUCAGUAUAACAGCCAAAAGAGAGGAUUCAGUGAUAAUUUGCAUGGAGUGAACGCUUGAAAUAAUGUAUUAGUGUCUGUUCUCUGUUCCAGUUACUCCUGAGUGUUCAGGAAUAUUAAAAAAUAUGAAGUGCACAAGUAGUAUCUGAGUAUGAUAGGCAAAUAAACAUCAGAAACAACACUGGAUGUGUUCAGAUGUUCUGUCUAGUAUUCAAGAAGGAAAUGAUCUUACUGCCACCCUGAUAACACAGAUCUAAAAGGAGAAAUGAUUGUGUUGUUGAUAAUUGUAUUAAAAGCUGAUGGUGAAGGAAGAAAUGGCAUUCUAGUGCAAUAGCUUUUGUGCUGACUUAGCUGUCUGUUCUUGGGGCCUCCUUCUUGCAUUAGUGAAGAGCUCUGCUGUAGGCAUUGUCGUUAUCUUCUACUGGCCAUCAGACACUGUGCAAGAGAAGGCAAAAGAGGAAGGCUGCCCAGACUGUCAGUGAUGCGUGUGGUGGUGAGGGGCAGUGUGAUGACAGGGAGCUGUCUGUCCCCAGCCUGUACACUGCUGAGGUGAAGGGCCCCUUGGGGCUACUGCCCUGCUGGCCUCAGCUGCGUGGCUGUGAUGUGCACAGCUACCUGCUCCUGGACAAAAGUUGGGCUUUGUCUUGAACAGGAGCAGUGCCCUCAGUGGCUGUGUCCUUGCCUGCUGUGGGCUAUCCCGAGCUGGUCCCGGUCAGCCUUCAGUGCUCCCAGGUGGCUCUGCCUCUCUGCCUCACAGCAUGGCUCCAGGUGGCGCAGUGAUGCUGUGGGAGCGCCCUGGUCAUGCCUAGCCAAGCCUCUAUCCAUAGCUAGAGUGGAACAGGAAGCCUAAUGUUUUAUUAAUAAGAAGGCUGUAGCUGCUGCCUAGGCCAUCACUGCCAUCGUGCUGCCUGUGGGAGCAGUAAGAGACCUUGUCUGGCAUUUGGGGGUUGUAUUGCUGGGGAACGGUUUCCAGCAGAGAGCUCUGCUCCCAGGCAGGGGCAAGUUGUACUCUGGCACCCUGACUUGCUGGAGCAGCACAGGAUGGCAGCAUAAAAGCUGCUCAGUCCUGAGAAUUUCAGCCCCAAGAGCAGGAGAUGGUUGGUACAGCUGUCACCUGGGGUACCUGAGUUGUGCCCUAUUAACUGUCAUCCAAUUCCCCCCCACAAAA